CAGUGUUUUUGCUGUCUAUGUCUAACUAAAACGAAAUCUGAUAGAGGAUAAAAUAUAUUUUUGGGAAACAGAAUAUUAGUGAUGUAAACUUACUGGUAUAAUUAUAUUAUUGUUUGUGUAAAAGCUUUUGAUCCUUGUUAUUUGGCACGAGAUUUACGUUCAGUGAUCUAAUUUUCCAAAUCUUGGCUUGGUACCAUACAUUAGGUGCAUAGCAGACUAAAAUCGCUUUGUCGUUAUGUCUGGGCGAAGAAAACCGCCACCACCGGGGUUCAACUUCACCCCACGAGAAACAUCGCAAGAUAUUGCACCGCCUCGUAAUUUAGAAGAACGGACUACAAUAACAAUAGGUGAAAAUACAUUCACUGUACAUGCUGAUGAUCUGGUGAAGAUUGGUGACCUGGGUCGUGGAGCCUAUGGAGUUGUGGACAAAAUGCAUCACAAACCUAGUGACACAAUUAUGGCAGUCAAGAGAAUCACUUUUAACAAUCAGUCACUAGAAGUGAAACGUCUGCUAAUGGACUUGGAUGUAUCAAUGCGUGCCAGUGCCUGUCCAUAUACUGUCCAUUUCUAUGGAGCUAUGUUCAGAGAAGGUGACGUUUGGAUAUGCAUGGAAGUCAUGGAUACUAGUCUUGAUAAAUUUUACGUAAAAGUGUACAAAAACAAUCGAACCAUACCAGAGAAUAUACUGGGAAAAAUAACAUUCUCUGUAGUCAGUGCUCUCAAUUAUCUCUAUUCACAAUUGAGGGUAAUACACAGAGAUGUUAAACCAUCAAAUAUUCUGAUUAACAGACAGGGUGAAGUGAAGAUGUGUGACUUUGGAAUAUCUGGUUACCUUGUGAACUCUAUUGCACAAACCAUUGAUGCAGGUUGUAAACUAUAUAUGGCUCCAGAGAGGAUCGAUCCAUACGGGAAUCCGGCGCAUUACGAUAUCCGCAGUGACGUCUGGUCACUUGGUAUAUCUCUGAUUGAACUUGCAACGGGCAAAUUUCCUUACCAGUCGUGGCCUACACCAUUUGAACAUUUAAAACAAGUGGUCACUGACGACCCCCCGAGACUGCCGCCAGGAAAGUUCUCGCCCGAAUUUGAAGACUUAAUAACUCAGUGCUUACAAAAAAAUUAUCAUAACAGGCCAAAUUAUACUGUGCUUUUUUCACACAAGUUUUGUGUGGAGCAUGGCAACAAGGAGACAGAUGUUGCUUCCUUCGUCCAAGAAAUACUGAAUUUACCUGAUGACUCCUAGUAAUAGGAAAAAUGUGUUUAACUAAUACUAAAACCUACUAUAAGUAUUGUUAUUAACCUUUAAUUUAUACAUAUGUUUAUAAAGUGAAGUAUCGAGUUUAUAUAAUAUGUAGAGGAAAAAGAGAAUGUUAGUUGUGAUAAAAAUCAAUAUCACUUGUUCAAAAAGUUAUUAUUUGUUGUGUAAAUAUUUUUUAACUGUCAUGAGUAUAUGUUUACUCAAUUGUGAAUAGAGCUGGCUGAAUAUUGAAAACUAAUACAACAGCCUGGACUUGAAAAUAAAUAUAAUAAACAUCACAAACUAAUUGGUCUUA